AUGGAUAAUCAUCAAAAGAGGAAUCUAACUUUUUUCACCAUCGGACUGAUAUUUGUGCUGAGCGGCAUCGAGUACGCUGUCAUUUUACCCACAAUAUGGAAGUAUCUGCAGAUUCUGGAGGCCCCCCCUUAUUUCCUGGGUCUGGGUCUGUCUGCCUUCAGUCUCAGCGGGCUGCUCACCGGCCCACUUUUUGGGCUGUGGUCAGACCGGAGCAAAACUACAAAGUCCAUCAUCCUGUUCUCCAACCUUUUUGAGAUUGCUGGUAACUUCAUGUAUUUUAUAGGAUACUCAAAGUGGCUGCUGUUAAGCAGUCGACUUGUCGCAGGUGUCGGCGCAGGAGCGGGCUCCUCCAUCUUUGGUUUCCUGACUCGGAGCACUCGGCCAGAGGAGCGCGCCGGCAUUUUUGCAGCCAUCAUGGCCUGUCGACAAGCUGGCCUCCUUGUCGGGCCGGCGUUCAACUUGUUCCUGCGGCUGUGUGAUUUCAAACUGGGGCCCUUUGUUGUGAACAAAUACACGUCUCCUGGGAUCUUCAUGUGCCUGCUGUGGGUGCUGCUCCAGUUUGUCGUCCUGGCGAUGUACUGGGAUGUACCACCCGUCAGCUCAGAGGGGGGCGCGGUGAUGAUGGAAAUGAAACAAGAGGAGGAAGAGGAGGUGCCACUGAUGGGGUCCGAUGAGGAGCCGGUGCACACCUUCCAUGCCGUCGACCAAUUGGAGAGCUCGUCUGAGAUGCAGCCCGUCCGCGGCGCCUCGUCCGUCUCAAACCCCAUGAAAAACUUCAGCGCCAGAAGAGAGUUCCUGAGAGAGGAGGUGGUUGUUCUCCUCACGGCUCAGUUCAUCACUCUCUUCAAUCAGACAGCGCUGGAGACUAUGGUGACUCCUCUGACGCAGCGCUACUUCAGCUUUGGCGAGCUGGGCAACAGCCUGAUGUACAGCCUGUGCGGGGUGGAGGUCAUCCUGGGCUUCUUCUUUGUGCGCUGGCUGAGCAGGAAGGUGGAGGACCGCGCCGUGCUGGCCGUGGGCCUGGUCAUCUGCUGCACUGCUUGUAUCUGGUGCAUCAUCUUCCUCGGCAACCCCCGAGGUGGGUAUGGAUGGGAGAUGUCAGCCUUCAUCAUCGGAGUGUUUCUGCAGCUGCUGGGGCUUCCCUUCGUGGCCGUGUCUCAGGUGUCUCUCUUCUCCAAAGUCACUGCCGAGAAAACACAAGGAUUGAGCCAAGGUGUCAGACGCUCAGUUGGGGGCCUGGCCACCAUCUUGGGUCCUUUGUGGGCUGGAGGACUGACCGAUAAUUUGUACAUAAUGCUGGGCAUGAUGCUCGCUCUCCUCAUAAUGAUCACAGUUAUGACAGUGCUGUCCUACGAGCGCCUGGCUGAGCCCAGGGCAGUGCAGAGCGCCCAGAGCUCAGACAGCGGAGGAUAGAGCUGCAGUGUGUCUGAAGAGAGGCUAAAGACAGACGAAGGGAGUGCCCUUCACUUUCUGAGAGAAUCAAUACGAGUUUACUGCAGAGGAAACUGUAUGAGUGUGGAAUAAAAAAUGUUUAACUGUACCUCAGAACCUGUCAUAGAGGUGAUCACACAGGUAAAGCUUUGCACAAUCUCCCUGUUAUCAGAUUUGAUUAGAACAUACAGCACCUUGCAUGCAUAUCACUAUCAGACUAUUAAUUACACUUUACACAAGGGGGCACCAUUGCUCUCAUAUUGAAUAUUCUGAGGUGU